CCUUAUGGGGCCUCAUCCUGGAGUCAAACGAAACUCGCCCAAGUCGUAAACAAAAAGACAGUGAGAGCAGGUGAGGGCAAAACAAAUUCCUCAACCACAACUUUCUCUGAAAUUUGAAAUUUCACUUUCCCGCGCUUUCUUGGCUUCCAAACGCCGAUGGAAUCUUUGUACGUGAAACUCUAUGAUAGGUUCAACAAAUUGAAGAAGAAAAAAUUCAGUGAAUUUGAGGAAAUUAGUAAAGAUCAAGAAUUGAAGUUUCUAAAAUAUGUGAAUGCUGCAGAAGAGUUGAUAGAAUACUUGAGAAAUGAAAAUGACCAGUUACGUGCUCAAGUUAACAACUUGAGAACUGAAGUGGACUCCAUCAGGUCCACCAACAAUGAGCAAGUUGUUGAAUACCAAAAACUUUUAACAGAAGAGAACCAAAAGAAUAAAGCUCUGUCCGAAGAAGUUGAGAGGCUCCGAAAGUUUAAUCAAGAGAGAAUUUCUUCAUGCUUGAAGGAUGACAAAAAUGAUUACAUGCAGCUAAAUACUCCUGAAGGUGCUCAAAUUGCACCCGUAAAGUUGCCCAUGAGCUCCUCUAAAAGAAUGACAAGAAAGCGUAGCAGGGAAAUUAGGACUGAGAGAGAAAGUACAAUUAUGCCUAGUUCUGGUGGCCAAGAUGGUGCAAUUGCAGGAGAAUCAGCAAAGGAUUUAUCAAAAGAAACUGUGUCGAGUGGCGCUUUUGUAUAUGAUCAGCUGCCAGAAUGCUGCAAAAGAGCUAACGACAAAUCAGGUGAUAUACAUAACAUUAGUUCUGCCAACUGCCUUUUUCAAGCUCUUAUUGAAUACUUAGUUGGCAUGAAAUUAUCUGCACUUAUCCAUACUGAUGGAGUAAGCAUUUCAGCUCUGCAUCAAUCAAGUGGUUACUCAUUCAGUCUAACCUGGAUAGAAAAUGUAGGCGGGAAGGAAUCGGAGCUGCUCUACCGUGUAGUUUCUCUAGGAACAUUUGAGAGGGUAGCACCCGAGUGGAUGAGGGAGGUCCUAAUGUUUAGUAUAAGUAUGUGUCCGAUAUUUUUCGAGAGGAUAGCCCGUGUGAUCAAGCUACAUCGCUAAUAGCUAAUUCUGCAAAUUCACAGGCUCGUUUAUUUCCUUUUAGAUAGCGAUGCCGAAAUGUUCCUUUUUCUACUUGCUUUAGCAUAUGUGAAAUUAUGUAGUAAAAUUUGUUUGUCAUAUUCACAUAAUCGUGAGACUUGAACCGCUUUUUUCUGAUAUAUUUUGAUCAUUUAGAUGAAGAAUAUUUCAACUUAAC